AUGAGGACAGUGGGUGCUGGGACGGGCAGGCUUAAAGGUGGCCCCUGCAAAGUUGCGGCGGGACCCGCUGGGGGCAGGCAGGGGGUCACCGCUAAAGUGUUUUGUCUCCUGCAAGCAGAUCCAGCAGGGCACAGCAUGAACCAAGAGGACUGGAAUGCGGAGAUGGGGGAUGAGGCAUCACCAAUCCUUCCACCCCUUGAGCAGGCUAGCUUCUCUGAAAGACGAAAUGGCCCCUCGUCUGACUUCAGUCCAACUGUAGGCUCAUUCGGUGCUGUUGAAAGACCUAACAGAAGUCAGCAUAUGCAGGAUCAUUUUGGAGGAUAUUCUAGGAGUAGAGGUAUGGAUGAAUGUCUGAACAGACAGUGUCAACCAGUGAGUAGAUUUGGUAGCGGAAGGAAUUUUGCAAACAGAGGUUUUCAAGAAAGCAACGUUGUAGAAGAUUCUAGUACACAAAAUAGAGGUUUUAGAGGAUUUCCUGGUGGCUUUGGACGAAGUGAGAGUAUUAAAGAUGAGCAAAGAGACAGACCUCAGUCUGACAUUUUUCUUGGCUCUAGAGGAAGAGGAGCAUUUGGAAGUCGUGCAGCAAUUAACUUUGGAAUGCUUUCUUUAACAGCAGCUUACAAAGAAUGCAAUGAAGGAAUAGAUUCUGAAAGAGGUCCAAAGGUGACUUACGUGCCCCCUCCUCCACCUGAUGAUGAACAAGCCAUCUUUGCGCGUUACCAGACAGGAAUUAAUUUUGACAAGUAUGAUGAAAAUGUUGUCGAAGUGUCAGGACUUGACCCUCCAGCACCAUUACUGACUUUUGAAGAAGCUAACCUCUGUCAGACUUUAAACAUGAACAUUGCCAAAGCUGGAUACUCUAAACUUACUCCAGUGCAGAAGUAUAGCAUUCCUAUUAUACUGGCAGGACGGGAUUUAAUGGCCUGUGCCCAGACAGGAUCAGGAAAAACCGCAGCUUUUCUUCUACCAAUUGUGGCCCAUAUGAUGAGAGAUGGCGUAACUGCCAGUAGCUUUAAAGAGCAGCAAGAACCAGAAUGUAUUAUUGUCGCCCCAACUAGAGAACUGAUAAACCAGAUCUUCCUAGAAGCAAGGAAAUUCGUGUAUAGAACUUGUAUAAGGCCUGUUGUGGUCUAUGGAGGUACACAAACAGGCCAUUCAAUUCGUCAGGUAAUGCAAGGCUGUAAUAUACUAUGUGCUACUCCAGGAAGGCUUCUAGACAUUAUUGGAAGAGAGAAGAUUGGUUUGCAUAAUGUGAAAUAUUUGGUGCUAGAUGAAGCGGACCGCAUGCUUGAUAUGGGUUUUGGGUUAGAUAUGAAGAAGCUGAUUUCUUACCCAAGCAUGCCACCAAAAGACAAACGUCAAACACUAAUGUUUAGUGCCACUUUUCCUGAAGAAGUUCAGAGGCUGGCUGGCGAAUUUUUGAAAACUGAUUAUUUAUUUGUUGUUGUUGGACACGUGGGUGGAGCUUGCAGUGAUGUUCAGCAGAAUAUUCUUCAGGUUCCUCAGUAUUCCAAGAGGGAUAAACUGAUAGAAAUUCUACAAAGCAUAGGUCAUGAACGAACCAUGGUGUUUGUGGACAAAAAGAAAAAAGCAGACUACAUUGCAGCCUUUCUUUGUCAAGAAAAAAUAUCAGCCACUAGUAUCCACGGAGAUAGAGAACAGAGAGAGAGAGAAGUAGCUCUUCAGGAUUUUCGUUCUGGAAAAUGUCCAGUUCUUGUGGCAACUUCAGUGGCAGCAAGAGGUCUGGAUAUUGAAAACGUUCAACAUGUUAUUAAUUUUGAUCUCCCUUCCACCAUUGAAGAGUAUGUACACCGAAUUGGAAGAACUGGUCGUUGUGGAAAUAUAGGCAAAGCAGUUUGCUUCUUUGAUAACACUUCAGAUGGCCAUCUUGCACAACCUCUAGUUAAAGUGCUUUCAGAUGCCCAGCAGGAAGUUCCUGUUUGGUUGGAAGAAAUAGCUUUUGGUUUUCAAGGAGAAAGAGUCUUUACAUCAGCCAGUACCCAAAAGAAUUACAGAGGCAGAGGCAACACUAGCCCAGGAAGAAUGAAGAUGUCGUAUUCUGCAAGUGCAUUUGAGUCAUGGGAUUAA